GAACCUGCUCCUCUUCGGAUGAGCUAUCGGAUUCGGAAUCCGUCCCGGUAGUAAAAAACUUACUCAUAUUGAAUGAUUAUCUGUAAACAAAUUGAAAAUAAAGUAUUUGUUCGAAUCACUGGGCAAUUUCGUGUAUUAAAAUAUCAUUUGACACCAUACAGACAGUAUGUGACAACUUAACCAAUAAACCUUAUAAAUGAGCAAUCAAUAUUUUACUUAUUUUUUACAAGUUCUUUAAAUUGUUGAAAAAAAUGACUUAAAUGUUUAGAGAAUCCACAAUUUUCCAUGGUAUUAAAAGCAACAUUGGAGACAGAAAUAAAAAAAAAAGAGCAAAAGUUAAGAGAUAUUAAAGAUCAAAUUGAAACUGUGAAAAAAUCAGUGGAAUUAAAAUAUAAUGAAGGGAAAAUGAUGUCAAAAUUUUUAGAGAUAGAGAAAGAAAAAUUAAAAAUAUUUGAACCAAUGUUGAAAGUGCUAUCUGUGAUUUGUGAAGACAAAAAAUUCGAAUUAUUGUUCUUAGAACAAGAACUUGAUAGUGAUUCAUUGAGGAUGAAAGAUGAGCAACAAAAGUAUAAAGGAAUGAUUGAAAAAUAUAAAAACAUAUGGGAAAGCUAUCGGAAAAAAUAUGAGAAAUUAGAUGGUGCUGUCCGAAGGAGAGAAAUUAAAAUAAAAGUAGAGAAGGAGAAGGUUAAAUUAAUGAAUUUAGAGUUUAAAAGAAAUCAAUUGAUUAAAAUGUUAGAGCAAAGAGAAGCUAUAAACGACAUGAGGUUGAAAGCAUUAAUUAAAGAAAUGUCUCAAUUAGUACUAGAAAGAUUGAAGCAACAAAAUUAUCGAGAUGUAUUGAAAGCAGAUAUUAUCGAUUUGAACAAAAAAUACGCAGAAAUGUGUAACAAAUAUAAAAAAAUUCAACAAGAUAUUGAGGAAGAAGCUAAAGCUAAAGCUUUAGCUAGACAACUGAUGCCUGCACCAAGAAUAAACACUUCUAUGUUACGAUCAGUAUAUUCUGCUACUCCUCGAUCAAGAGAAAAGAAAGUUUAUCAAUCAAAGCCUAUGGGUUCAGAUACUACCUCUGUAUGUAGUUCGAUUCUUGAUCAGCUUUUCAGUGAAAAUGAAAAAGUAUUUGAUAAAAUAAAUAACGAUAAAAAGAAAGAAGAUGUUGAAUCAUUGCAACAAUUGGAUUAUUGUGAGUGUUCUCAAAAUUCUGAUGUAGAUGAACAAACAUCACAAAAUUCGCAACAUGAACUCAAUGUAAAUACCUUAGAAAAUGAAUGUCGACAGUUAAGUAUCAAUGAAGAACCAAUGUAUGAGGAAAACAAUGAUAAAAUAGAAGAUUCGAAUAAUGCUGAAUCUCAACAAAUUGUCUGCGAAGCAAUUAUAGAGGCUCCAAGGCUACCAGUAUCUACAGAAGCAUAUUUAGGUCCAGUUUCCCACUUGAAAAAGAAACCAUCAGAAAAUAUUGACUCAGCACAAGAUAUUUCAGAAGAACCAGAACGAAAACGAUCUAAACUUUCUGAGUCCUCUCGAGAAAAUUUAUUGUUAUCUAAUUUAGAAAAAGAAAAAAAUAAAACUCAAGAUACUAUAAAAAAGAUUUUACCAAAUAUAAGAAAAGUUGAAAUAAUUAAUGAGCCUAUAAAAAUACAAACAAAACCUCCUAUGGCUGAAGUACCACCAACACCUAACUUAUGUCCUAAUCGUAAUUAUGCACCUAGUUCUACCAGUGAAGAUCACCUAUCAAUCAUAGGUGAUGGAAAUUAUGAAAUUGAUACAAACUGGCAAAACUUUUCUCCUCCCAAUCGAGCUGAUUCUAAUAUCUCAUUUAUGUCUAAUGCUUCUAUGUUUAAAAAUAUGAUGUAUGAUUCUCCAGCAAUGCCAACACAUUCUUCUGAUAUUAAAAUGAAUAAUCCUAUAGUUAAAGAAAGUAAUCCAAUGUCAUCAGCAAAUCAAACAAUUGAUCCCGCUCCUAAUUUCUUUAGUUGCUUCAACAGUGGUAAACCAAGUACCCAAAAUUAUUUCUAGGAUAUUAUCAUUGAAAAUUGUUUUUUGAAAAAGAGUCUUCAAAUAGUUACGAAAAUUUCUAUAUUUUUCAACUAUUAAUACUAUAACAAUAUCAUUAAAUAAUAAGAAUAUGUUAACAUAA